AUGGCUGCUGAUCAAGAUGCCGCCGGAGGAGCACUGAAAUAUAAGGUCAGAUAUUGGGCUAUAGUAAACAGGACACUUCCAAAUGCUCCACUAGAAAGGCCACAGAUUAAUCUGAGCGCAGCAGCUUUUGCCAUGGCUUUGAAUGCUCGGAUUUAUGCUCGCAUCUCGCUGUCUCUUAUUACUCAAUAUGAGGGUGCAAAUGCAAUUACCCCUCUGAUUAUCGGCACCAACGAGCGACAGCUGCUGGAUGGAAUAGCACGCUACAACGCCGCGGAAUACGAAGCCAUCAACGCCCUACUCUUCCAAAACGCCAGUAGAAGGGUACCACCUACUACAUUAACAGUGGGGAAUCUCACCAACAUUACCGCCGAAGGGGUUAACCUACGUGGGAGGUGCGGUGCGAAAGAUGAAGGUUUAAUCGUCCCACUGCAACAAGGAGCCGAGAAUCGAACUAUCACUAACGUCGUGCAGGGGGAUGUCAAUUCCCUUUCAUUUACUCGCACCGAAAGGGAGGUCCUAAGGAUCUCUUUUGCAACUGGCAACGCCACCAGACCCGGUGCACUUUUACCGAAUGGCGUCAAUGGGACAGUUUUUCGGUUGAUUCAAACACUGUUCCGAAGCGUUGUCCCAUGA